AUGUCAUCAUCAUCAUCACCAAUUGCUUCUUCAAAUUAUCAUAGUGCUUCUGCACCUGCAGGUUUUUCUCAAUCAUCAAUAUCCAUUAUGGCUUAUGAUUCAUCGAAUGCUACCAAUUCAUCAUCACAUAUACAACAGUAUACAACUGCUCGAAUUAAAUUUCUAUUAAAACAACAACCAUUGACAUACACUAUUCUCAAGAAUGAAAAAA